AUGGCUACCCUCGGCCUUAGCACAAACCUCUGCGGAAAUAAUCAGUGCCAACUCCAGCAAUUUCUUAGCCCUCUCUAUUGUCUACCCAUCUCUCAUAGCAACUCCAUUACUGCUCACUACCAGCAAAAAAUCCAUCUCCUUAUCAUCCUUCUGUACGUGAUUUUUGUCUUCCAUUUCUCCAUUUUCGCCACUGCCUCAAUUACCUAUAGUACUUUCCACGGAUUCUAUAAUAGACCGGUCUGCUUCAUCUCCUCUAUUAGAUACAUAUUGUUUUCCAUUUUUCCUCUUCUUUUGACUGUCGUAGCUUCCUUGAUCAUACUGAUUUUUGUUUUCAUCAUUUUUGGGCUUCUGGGGGCUUUAGUGUAUGAAGGGCUUCUAAUUCUCGGGGUCGAGGUCGAUUAUGGAUCAAAUUAUUUGCUGAUUUUAGUUGUUCGUGUCCCUAUAUUGGUUCUAGUGGCGACAUUUUACUUGCAAGUGGAGUGGUCAUUGGCGCACGUGGUGGUAGUGGUGGAAUACAAAUGGGGGUUUGCGCCCUUGAAGAGGAGUGCUUAUUUAAUUAAAGGGAAUGAAUGGAUUGCAGCUAUAAUUGAGAUAGUUCUAUGCUCUUGUUGUAUAUCUAUUGGCUAUUGCAAGGUUUUACAUGGGGAAAUGACAUUUGAGAUUGCAGAUGAGUCUUCGGCAGAUUAUGUUAUCUUGCCUGUUGAUAUGGCAAAGAUUGAGAUACGUAUUAUAGACAAAAUUUAUAAGAGAAAAUUCAAAAUCUUCAUAAGAGACGAGGAACAAAAUACAUAUUAUAGACAAGCAUUCACAGGAUAG